CGGCUGCGCGCGCACCUGGCAGCAGCAGUUCAGAGUGAAGGAGUGACAGCUGAGAGCAGGUGGGCCAAACAAAAGUCAAAUGUUUGGAGCAGAAGGUGAAGAGCUGGCUGAAAUCAUCAUCCUUUGUUUUAACCUGAAAGAGAAAGAGAAGAAGGGAGAGAGGUCUGGUGUGGCCGAGAGCGGCUGGGCAAGGCCGAUGCCGGGGUCACGGCAACUCUACGCGGACAUGGUAAGAAAGAAAAAGGUAAACAAGAAUGCGACAGGUGAGAAAGAGGUAAGGAAAAGGGAGAGGACAGGAGCAGGAGGGAAAACACUCACCAAACCCACCAGCUUUUACCCCUCCCUUGCCCUCAUUGUCUCCUCCCGUGUGUGUGAUCGACUGAGAGGGAGGUGUUCAGCUGGGAACAGGGAGAGGGAGCUCUGAGGGAGAGGACGCACACACUCAUAUACACACACAACAUGAGAGACACUGGACUCUGAUCAGAGCUGGAAUGGGGUGUUCUGUUCUGUAGGUUGCUCUGCAGACCUGUUUCUGGAGGAGAAACAAGAGGGGCUGGACACAGGAGACCGACACAGGAAUUCCAGGUCACAAGGGUUCCUGUGGCACAGCACAGUCUUGGCUGAGUUGGGCUGGGCUGGUAUUCCAACCUCUCGCUCUCACAGUCAUGAGCAUGACAGGGGUAGUGUAGGAACCAGAGUGAGAAUAAACAUAUUUAGAAGAGGAGAGCAGUGUGGUUGAAACCAGGAAGCUAGUGUUUUGAGUCAGGGGUCGCCCCCCCACCCCCGCCGCCAUCAUGAUGGGAUCCUCUGUGGAGUUUGCCUGUUUGUUGCUGAUGGUUUCUACACUGGGAAGGAACCACUUGGCGUCUGGUGGCUGUGCGGGCAAAUGCUGCCGGAGCAGAGACUUGAGCUGUUUGACCACUGACUGGAGGAUGGACCGGGUGUAUGGGACGUGCUACUGCGACAUGGGCUGCAUCAGGACCAAGGACUGCUGCUUUGACUACUUCACAGAGUGCCCAGCUCAGGACUGCGCUGUGGGAGACUGGAGUUUUUGGAGCGGCUGUGCCAAACCCUGCCAGCCCUCUGUGCGGGUCCGCGUCCGGCACAUAGAGAGGCAGCCCAGCAACGGCGGAGAGCCCUGUCCCAGCCUGGAGCAACGAGCCGGAUGCAGGGAGUACAGAGACCACCAGGGCAACCACUGUGGACUCAACUCAGGCCCUGCAUUCAUCACCAGCAUGGAGUUUGGCAAGGGAAGGCCCAAGCAUGACAGCUAUGGAAACCCCCUAGCCCCUGGGUUCUGCAUGGAAUUUUCACUGGAGUCCCGGACGCCCCACUGUACUGUGGAGAACCGGCCACACACACACUGGAUGCGCUACAUAACAGAAGGCUUUAAAGUGUGUGUGGCGUGUGAACCUCCUGCCAUGCGAAACAAUAGCGGCAGCUGCCAAGGAGACGGCCAGGAGUCAGACAAAGAAGCUUUGCUCCACUGGCAGGCGGUGGGGAACCCUCAGUGCCGUGGGACGUGGAAGAAGAUCCAGAGAACACAGCAGUGCGACUGUCCACCACAGCACAGCUUCGUCUUCAUCUGAUCCAAACCAAGCACCGGAACCAGAACGGCACUCUGAUCUGAUGUCCGCAAAAACAUUUCACAGCCAAGCUCCCUCUCAUCAGAUCAUUCACAUCAGAUGCCUGGAUACUGCAGGCUUCCAAUACUAAGAAGAGACUUAACACUUGAUGGUGGUCCAACGCAAUUACCGGUAUGUCUCGAAUAAAGAUGCCACACAUUGAUAUAAAAGCAUUUUCAAAUCA